GAUCACGACAGUAUGCGACGAUGACAGACAAAACAAUGGAAACAGUAUGAUGGCGGGAGACACGAACGAACAAGCGAAGAAGAACAACAAGAGCUAAAGAAGAAGGAACUUUCAAACUUCAUCAUUGAUGCUUUGAUCAUUUCGUCGGUGUUGAUGAAGGCAAGUUUCAGCCUGAUUGAGGGAGUGCAAGUUUCAUCGGACAUCUCAACGCGGUGAAGUGUUGACCAAAUGGGUUGCGGGUCGAGCUCGCUAGGGACUGUGGAUGUUGAGAAUCCACAAGUUUCGGAGGAGGAUGGCGAUUUCAAGAAGAAACGAGUGUUGGAAUGGUUAGAGAGCGCGAAUGCGAGUAAUGAUGAACAGCACGAUACUCCCAGCGCCCUCAAACCCAUGGUUCCACUGGACAGAAAUGUUUCUGUGCUUACACAGGACGAGGAGAAGAAGUUCAAAAUUCAAAGCAGAUUGCAACGGAUUCCAAUAGAUGCAAGUGAACUACAGGGAAAUGACACGAACGGGCAAGGGGAGGCUGAUGAAAUGGUAGAUGAAGAAGAAUGUAUGUCAGGUCUUGACAACACUAUCAACACAGAAGCUUCAUUGGGUGAGAGCGAAAAAGGAAGCAGGACAGGAGAAAAGAAGCACCGGAGAAGGUCUUCCUCGUCAGAAAUCAACAGUGCAAGGAAAAUCCUCUACAUGAAAGUGGACUCUAGACCAAGUUUGCAGCAUGCUUUCUUUGAGUUCGAUAAGAACAAUGACAAGUUGAUCUCAUUCCAUGAAUUCCAAGAAAGGUGUAACGCAUACGGAAUCAAUCUAGACAGGCAUGACCUGAAGCAGAUUUUCCGAUCCUUAGACACCAACGAGGACGGUUUUAUACAGCGGGAUGAGUUCAUGAAGGGAUUUUCAACGACUAAAGUGCGAACGAUCUUGGGACUGCCUGCCAAGCAAGACGCUGACGACAUCAUGCAUUACAGCAAAGAAGGUAUCAAGGCGAAGAGAAUAGGCUGGAACCAUACAGAGUAA